CACGUAGCACCCUGCAGCCAAUAGGAGCUGGAGUCAAAUACAAUCCGGAGUGACUUUGAUUAAACAGUUUGGAUGGUAUAACUUGGUGGAAGUCUUGAGGCGUGUGUUGAACAUUAUAAUACAACAGCGGAGCAUGUGAACACUCCAGAAUAUUUCAAAUUAAAUACUGUGUACUUACAAUCAUGGUGGUCAAUUCGGUGCAUUGGUUUCGUAAAGGAUUGAGGCUCCACGAUAAUCCGGCUUUGCAAAGAGCUCUGGAGGGUGCAAACACUGUGCGAUGCGUGUAUUUUUUGGAUCCUUGGUUUGCUGCUGGUACUACGGACGUGGGCAUCAACAGAUGGAGGUUUCUACUCGAGUCAUUACAAGACCUGGACACCAGCCUUAGAAAACUUAACUUCAGGCUCUUUGUGGUCCGUGGGCAACCGGCUAAUGUCUUUCCAAGCCUCUUGAAAGAGUGGAAUGUGACACGCCUGACGUUUGAGUAUGAUUCGGAACCCUUUGGAAAAGAAAGGGAUGCAGCCAUCAUUAAGAUGGCACAGGAGUUAGGGGUGGAAGUUGCUGUAAAGAACUCGCACACACUUUACAAUUUAGACAGAAUAAUAGAACUAAACAAAAAUAGUCCUCCACUCACAUACAAAAGAUUUCAAGCAAUUAUCAGUCGCCUGGAGCUUCCGAAAAAACCAGUGGGCACAGUCACAGGAGGGCAAAUGGAAAGAUGCAGGACUGGUAUCGCCGAAAACCACGAUGAGCACUAUGGCGUACCAUCUCUAGAGGAGCUAGGGUUUAAAACAGCAAGUCUCGGUCCCACCAAAUGGAAGGGGGGGGAAACGGAAGCCCUGCGACGAAUGGACAGACAUUUAGAACGAAAGGCUUGGGUUGCCAGUUUUGAAAGACCCAAGAUUGAUGUAAACUCACUGAUUGGGAGUCAGACAGGAUUAAGUCCAUACCUACGGUUUGGCUGUUUAUCAUGUCGAGAAUUUUACUACAGAUUACUAGAACUGUAUAAAAAGGUCAAGAAGAGCAACAGUCCACCCCUAUCCUUGUAUGGGCAGUUACUCUGGCGAGAGUUCUUCUACACGGCAGCUACUAAUAAUCCCAAAUUUGACCGGAUGCAGGGAAAUCCAAUCUGUGUGCAGAUCCCGUGGGACAGAAACCCAGAGGCUCUGGCCAAGUGGGCUGAGGGGUGUACGGGGUAUCCCUGGAUUGAUGCCAUUAUGACCCAGCUACGGCAGGAGGGUUGGAUCCAUCACCUGGCCAGACAUGCUGUGGCCUGCUUCCUAACCAGAGGGGACCUCUGGAUCAGCUGGGAAAGCGGCAUGCGGGUAUUUGAGGAGCUGCUGCUGGAUGCAGAUUUCAGUGUGAAUGCAGGAAGCUGGAUGUGGCUGUCAUGUAGUGCUUUUUUCCAGCAGUUCUUUCACUGCUAUUGUCCUGUGGGCUUCGGAAAGAGAACAGAUCCGAGUGGUGACUACAUAAGACGUUACAUACCAAAGUUGAAAAAGUACCCAAACAAGUACAUUCAUGAGCCCUGGAAUGCCCCAGAAUCAGUGCAGAAGGCAGCAAGGUGCAUCGUUGGAGUAGACUACCCCAAACCAAUGAUCAAGCACGCAGAAGCCAGCAGGCUCAACAUUGAACGUAUGAAGCAGAUAUACCAGCAGCUCUCGCACUACAAAGGACUUAGUUUACUGGCUUCAGUACCUUCAUUUUCUGAAGAGCUUGGAUCCACAAUUACAGACCGAUCGCACGGAGACAGCAGUAACAGUGGUUCAAGCAUGGUGUGGCACAGUAGGACAUCUCCACUGGGGAAGCGAGACCGGCCCUCUGAACCGGACUGCGAAGAGAAAUGCACAAGACCCAAAGUUCUGUGUGGAUGCCCAACAAACAGGACAAACAUUCAGGAGUUACAGGUGGAAAAUUCUAAACGGAUGCAAAAAAACUAAACGCAACAGAAUACUGUGGCAAGAUGGAGUGCUCUGUAUAAUUCAGAUAUUACUAUAUGCACACAGGUUAAUCGGAUUUCAAAAUAGUUACUGGUCAUUCAGCGGGAUUAUGUUUCUAAACUUUGUUAAGAAGACUAAAUUGGUAUAAAAGUGUUCAUCUGCUUUAUACAUUUUAGCGAAAUAGCCUUUGAAAUAAAAAUAUGGCAAAACAACCCUUUACAUUAGUGGAAAAUUGUAACAUUCUCUAAUCAACUAGAAGUCCUAUCUUGAGGGCUUUUUAUUUAUAUAUACAGUAAAUCAAACCCCAUGUUUUAAUACAUAGAACAAUAAUUUAUUUUUCUAAAUAUAUAUAAAUUAAAAUACAAUUUACAUAGUAAUAUAAGGUGUGUCCCCACUGAAUUACAUGUUUCCCUUUGACAGAAAUUGUGUCAUCGUACAAUUAAGUUGUUUUCAGAAACAGAAGAUCCCUUCUAAUGAUUUGAGGAAUUAGUUUGCAUCAGUAAUUCAAGGAUAAUUGAAACUCUAAAAGAACAUUGUAAUGCAACACUGCUAGGAAAUACAACAGCUCAAACACAGAGAAAAUCUCUGCCUUUAUUGUUCUGUACCAGGUACUGGUUGUGUGUUUGGUUUGUAGCAGGUGCAUGGUAGAAUGCAUUCAUUAAAGGUCAUGGGCAUGCAGGACUCGCUGAAAUGAAAAGGCUCAUGAAAAUGAGAGCUGUGAUUGUUAAAGCAAUAAACUGUCAUGCAGUUGAAGAACUGAACUAUUGUAAAGUGAUAAAGUAUGAUCAUGUAUUCAUUUCAACCAACAUUUUGAGCUGUAUUUGGGGGUGUGCAGAAAAUCUAAUGCAGAGGCUAAUAUCCCUUUCUAUUUAAGUUAUUGUUUACCAUUGAUCCUAAUACGAUUUCUAAAUGUUGCCCCCUGGUUGCUCUCCAUUUAAGAUGAUUCUCUGUAUUUACCUGUUAAGAGGAAAAGAU